AUGUCAGUUGUUCUUGCUUAUAAGAGUGUUGCUAAACUAUUUAAAUCCGAUGACACAGAUAAUAAUAGCGACAAUGCGUCUACCCGGUUAUUAACUGGUGAAGGCUCUGGCGUUAACACUGAUGGCAGCCUACCCCUCCCAUAUGGUUCAACAGCGACCGAAAUUGAAGUUAACAAUUCUUCAAACCUCCUUGAAUCUCAACUCAAUGGUAGCAAUAAAUUGAAUGGUGGCUCUUAUGAAGAUCUGAAAUUAGCCAGUGAUUCAGAUUCUAAUUUCGGUGGGUUUUUCCAAAGAUUCGAUCCAAGAGUCAUGUCUGAUAUUAUCAUUGGUUUAAGUGAUGGAUUGACUGUCCCUUUUGCAUUGACCGCUGGAUUAUCAAGUUUAGGAUCUUCCAAGUUGGUUAUAACUGGUGGCAUGGCUGAAUUAGUUUCAGGUGCCAUUUCAAUGGGGUUAGGUGGCUAUUUGGCGGCUAAAUCAGAAUUGGAUUAUUAUAAAUCUGAAGUUAAAAAGGAAAAAAUGGAAUUCUUUCUGAAACCAGAAACUAUAAAUGAAGAAGCUGCUGAUAUUUUGUUUGAUAUUGGAGCUAGUGAACAAACAAUUCAAUACUUUUUAAGAGAUUUGGAUUCUCAUCCUAAAAAAUUGAUUGAUUUUAUCAUUAGAUUUGGAAAGGGUUUAGAAGAACCUGCCGAAGGUAGAGAAAUCACCAGCGCAUUAACUAUUGGAUUAUCAUAUUUUAUUGGUGGAUUUAUUCCAUUAUUGCCAUAUUUCUUUACUGAUGUGGUGAAAACAGGUUUACUCAUUUCUGUAAUUGUCAUGUUGAUUACCUUGUUCAUCUUUGGAUAUGUCAAGACAGCCAUUUCAUUAGGUGAUCAUUGUGGAUUAAAUAAAAAAGUGGGAGAAGGAAUCCAAAUGGUUCUAAUAGGCUCUGUAGCUGCAGGUGCUGCCUGGAGUUUGGUCUACUUGAUUGAAUGA